AUGGCGUACUCCACUUCCACAAUCGCUGAGGGCUGUUUCGGGAAGGUCUACAAAGAGAAGUACAACGACACCUGGGCCGCGAUAAAGAGGGUCCCCCAACAUCUCAUCAGCAGGAAGGACCUGGAGAGAGAGUGUGAUGUGUACAACAAGUUGACUCAUCCCAACAUAGUGAAGCUUCUGGGAAACAUAAAUCUGAAAGACGGGAAAUGGGUCAUUCCUCUGGAGUUCAUCUUCGGAGAGGACCUGGAGACGACCAUCUUCAAAGCUUCCAAGUCUAAAAUACAAUUGACUCCAUCUAAUCGAGGAACUAUCAUUAUUGGCAUGUGUGAAGGGCUGCAGCACCUCCACUCCAAAGAUAUUGUCCAUCAAGACCUCAAGCCUGAAAACAUAAUGGUGGAACAUGACACCCACAGAGCAGUGAUCAUCGACCUGGGACUCGCCAAGUUCUUCCGACGUGGUCUCAACUCUGCCGUUGACAUGGGCAACGAGGCCUACUCGGCCCCCGAGGUGCUGCAGAGGGGCAGCCAGCGGGACCAGCGCUCAGACGUGUGGGCCAUGGGGAAGAUCAUCGCCGAGCUCUGCGCCCGGAUUCGACUGUACACACCCAGCGUCUGCCCCGCCAAGAUCAAGGACACCCUGCACGAUCAGCCAUACUGCCACUCUGUGUGCAGGAUGGUGGAGCCCAACCCUUCCCUGAGGGCCUCCGUUGGGGGGGUCAUCAGUGAAAUACGAAGGGCCGGAGCUGCAGGAAACGUCACCAACGCUCCUACGCAAAAAGACCACCUCAAGCCACCUUCAGCCAAUCGGAGGACUGAGGACAAAGACAAAAGCCAGGCUCUGGUGCCGACAGGGGGGGGCGACGUCACACAGGGUCUCAUGAAAAUGAGGCUUUACCAAGAGGCCGCCAAGGAUCUGCCCUGCAACCUGCCCACGACAGGGAGGGUGGUGGUGCAGCGCUUUGAGAAGAAAAACGGGGAGGUGGAAACUUGGGAGCAGAAGGAGGUGGUGACACGUGACGGGAAGAUCGUCAAGUUCGACAACGUCAAGUUUAACAGCAAGUAGGAACGAGAGUUUAGGGAUUUGUUAAAUGUCGUCACAAAGCAUUUGAUCUGGUUUGAUUAGGGUCAGAUCCUCUGGGGAGAGUUUGUAAACAUACAUUUCCAAAGAGUAAACUGAGAAACUGUAAGAAAAACACUCUCUGGGUGUUUAACGCUGUGAUAAGAAGAGAUCUUGACAAAGUUGGUUGGUUGUGCCUGAACAUGAUGUUCGGGAAUUUGACAGAGCUGAUAAUUUUCUUGCCAAGACAGAAAUGUCCCCAGGGGGGAACAACCAUUUUGUUCAUGUUUUUCAGCAUUUGAGCACUUGA